GGUACCGUGAGAGCACUUGGGUCUUGGUUCCUUCAUGCCGCUCUUUUUUUUUAUAUAUCUUCUCUGCGUAUGCAACAGUGAUAGUUGGUGGGUGCCCAGGGCUUGUGAUGGGCCAUUGGUGAAAAAUGAUAACCCCGCAGUCUACGUUGUGUAUCUAGACCGCUUGUGGUCGGUUCAUGCUUCAUGCAACUUUGUUCAUUCUUGGUGCGGGGGAGAGGGGAGGGAGAGAGGGGACGGCAUUUUCGCCAAACUGUCAGUUACGACCAAUUGGUUGACGCUCAUGACCAAUUGGCAGUUGCAAGCGGCAUAGUUCGGUGCAGGAAAACACACACACACACGCACACAAAUACACUCCACACAAAGCGACAUCCGUAUGGAGAUGUGAUAUGGAG